AAGUUUCCUCUUUAUAAUAAGCCAGCCAGCCAGCUGUAUAGAAAUAAACAAUUUAUAAAAUGCCACCAAAAAAGGAUGCAAAGGGCGGCAAGGAUAACAAAUCAUCUGGAAGCAAGAAAGGUGCUGCCGCAACCGGUGAUGACAAAGGUAAGGAAAAGAAAGGCGGAAAUGCAGUAAAAGUGCGGCAUAUUCUCUGUGAAAAGCAAGGAAAAAUAUUAGAGGCUUUGGAAAAACUAAAAGCUGGUCAAAAAUUCCCAGAAGUAGCGGCAGCUUACAGUGAGGAUAAGGCGCGACAAGGUGGCGACUUAGGUUGGCAAAUUCGUGGUGCCAUGGUGGGACCUUUCCAAGAUGCGGCGUUUGCUUUGCCCAUAUCGAAUGUUAACAACCCGGUGUAUACCGAUCCUCCCAUAAAGACGAAAUUUGGCUAUCACAUUAUUAUGGUGGAGGGAAAAAAAUAAAAGGAUAUUUAUGCUGUAAGCUUGUAUAGGUUUUGUAAUAAAAAAACUCAAUUGAAU